AGUCGCUGGCCCAUCUCUAACACGUUGACGGAUCAGACGACGCCGCAAGCCUCGGACCUACAGAUAUUAAGCCAACCAAUCGGAUCAUUGACAUCGUUCCGCCCCACGUUCGACGUAGUCCGAGGCUCCAGUAGCAUCGAACAGAUCUAUACAGCUGAAAUCAGCAUCAUCGAAAAUGGUAUCAUCCGAACAUCACAUCAUUUUAGCAUCCCUCACGUCACUCGAACUUGAAACGAGACGUGCCAACGGGCGAUAUGCGAUUUCCCAAUGGCCUCGUAUUCACCCCCUUAUCGAGUGGCGAACGGAGAAAAGGUGAUUCCUGAAGCGUUAUCUCUCCUGAUUUGCGGCUCAUUGGUCAAAGACUGACCAACGCAUCGCAAGUCAGCACAAAUGUCACCAUAGGUUGGCCUCCGAAAGUCGACCAGUCAGCACCGCUGAAACUGAUAAGUGAUAACCCUGGAUAUAAGCUCCAACGUCAAUAUAGCAGCCGCUACAAUAAUCCCCGUAGGCCUCGGCCGCUGUCAGCCCAUCUGGAAAACCCAGCCACCAACGUCAAAUCAAAUCAGCGAGUAACACGGUUAUGCAAGAUCAGUGGAUAUGGGCAUGCACCUUGAUAGUUACUGCGCUGUAUGAUGUCGGGCUAUGACAUACGCAAUCGUAAUCAUGAUAGCCAACGUCGAGGCGUGGGAGGUUCCGGGGUGCACGGGACAUCGCGUACGGUGGUAUAAACCCGGUCUUCGAGCAUAUUCGUUCUCAUUCACACGGAGUCGCCAUUCUUCUUAUUUGACGUUGGCGCUACCUUCAGCCGCUGUACAGCCUACUAGAACGCAGUAAGCUUC